UAGGUAUGCAACAAGCUAGACAAGAAGGACAGAAAAGGAACAAUUAUGUUCAAGAUGUUGGCGCGUCGAAGUCGUCGAGGUGUGAAAUAGAGGAAGUCUUGUGCGAUUCGGAAUUAGUCAAAGUGCGGUACGAAGGAAAGCCUGAGGAAGAAGUGGAUAAGAAAGAAAAUCAGGGCGAGAACGGAGGCGUCAAAAGGCUGGAAGAAUUUGAGAAGCAAGAGAGAUUUGGGUGGGGAGCAAGCUGUAGGUGGUUGACGGAGAUGGUUUGAGGAAGUGGUGAAUAUAAGAGGUUGGUUG